CCCACGCCCUGGCUGGUGCCGGUGGUGGUCUCUUGUCCAUGGCUUUGACCUACCCGCUCAUCACCCUUUCCACCCGCGCCCAGGUCGAGAAGAAGAAGGCACACACCGGCACUCUCGCCGCCGCCAAGCGCAUCCUCGACCGCGAGGGUGUCGUUGGUCUCUACGCCGGUCUUGACAGCGCCCUGUUCGGCAUCACUGUCACCAACUUCGUCUACUACUACUGGUAUGAAUGGUCCCGUGACUUCUUCCAGCGCACCACCGGCAAGGCGCGCUUGAGCACCAUCGAGUCCAUGGCUGCCGGUGCCCUUGCCGGUAGCGCAACUGUGCUCCUCACCAACCCCAUCUGGGUCGUCAACACCCGCAUGACUGCGCGUGAGAACGAGGCCAAGGAGGGUCUUCCCGUCCAGGCUGGUGAGCAGAAGAAGGUUGUGCCCCCAGGCACCAUUGCGACCUUCGCCAAGAUCAUCAAGGAGGACGGUUUCCUCCGCCUCUUCGCCGGUGUGCUCCCGGCCUUGGUGUUGGUCAUCAACCCCAUCCUCCAGUACACCAUCUUCGAGCAGCUCAAGCAGGCUGUUGAGAAGCGAAGGAAGGUCAGCGCCUGGGACAGCUUCCUCAUCGGUGCCCUCGGCAAGCUCGCCGCGACCACCAUCACCUACCCUUACAUCACCGUCAAGUCGCGUGCCCACGUCGCGGCCAAGGGUGGCGAGAAGAUUGGCAUGACUGCCACUCUUAAGAAGAUCUACAAGGAGGAGGGUGUCGGCGGUCUGUACGGAGGUAUCGGACCCAAGGUCACCCAGUCGGUCAUCACCGCUGCCUUCUUGUUCUACUUCAAGGACGCCCUUUACGACAUGACCGUCAAGGCCCGUACCCGUCUCGCCCGCAAGUAGAGCGGUCUGGUGCACAUAAUCAGAACAUGUCAGAUUGCAAGAACCGCCACACCAACACGAUCAAGAGUGCUUCAAUGCACUUCUUUCGGAACAUCCUGUCUCCUGCGCGCUGCUGCGGAAGGACCAAGGAAAAGCCCCCAGAUCAAAUCGGGAUACACACGAUGACGUAUCCCAUAUUUCCCCCGCGAACAAAAUUGUAAAGCUUUUCGUGACCGGAGAGAGAGAGAAGGAGAAAAGACGAGAGAAGACCGCGGUCUUUGGAGAUGGAAGAAUGGAGGAUGAGAUGACAGUGAAAUGUAGAUAUGAUGGAUUUUGUAUUGGUUGCUCACUAAAUUUGUUAGAAAUUGUACAAGUUGUUAUCGAGCACUCAAAAACACCUUUUCUCACUCAAAAUUCAAUGAUCUACUAUAAGCUGUUCUCAAAUGGUGAACACUACAGCUCUAAUUCAUCGGAC